GAGGAGCAAUGACAUGCAAAUCGAGACUGAAUAUCUCCUUGAACAGGCGUGGAAACUUCAUGAAACUGGCAUACCUGUAAAACUGGUGGAUGAGACAUUAGACCCGAAUGAAUACAACGAACAAGAAGUGAAGAAAAUCAUAGAGAUUGCAUUAAUUUGUACGCAAUCACCUCCGAAUCUCAGGCCAAGCAUGUCCGAAGUUGUUGUCAUGCUACUAAGUGAUCAUAGCACACACAGAAGAACUCCUAGCAGGCCUGCUUUCGUUAGCAUGGAUAAGAUUACAAUGGUGGACUCGUCCAUGACUACCGGAUCAUCAGCUUCUAAUGCAACCAACACUUUUACUGAUAUCACGGGCCGCUAGCUACAUAAGAGUUUACUGUAGAUCUGAAAAUUAUGUUGGCACCGCAGCAUCCAAUUUCUUCCCUUCUUUUUCUUUUGUCUUCUUUUUUUGUUUUUCUUGGUUGUAAUAUAUACGAUAUUAAAAAACUUAUCCUUCUUCAUGUACAACAUGCAAUCUUAUAAAACUUUUGAGUACACUAAUACUCAAAUUCCAGCCAUAUGACAAUCUUCCACAUGACAACAAAUAAUAACGCAGUAUGGUGACUCUGUGCUGGUCUGGAGCAGGCACCUUCAUGUUUAUCAGUUGGAAGAAAAAUGAUUCACUCUUCAUGUAUAGAUUGGAAAAGCAUCCGAAGUGAAGCAGAAAGACUAAGCUGAAAGUUAAGCCGAGAAUACUCGCCAUUUUUAAUCCUUCAUCUUGAAAUAUAUAGUCUAUAUUUGAUUUACUCCUUUAUUAUUUUGAAGAAUUUUGGUAUUUCCUUAAGUUAUUGUGGCUAUUAGAGGAGAACAAAAAAGAGCUAUUUGUUGAAAACAUAAAAAGUGUAUCAUCUCUAACAAUUUAAGUUUUUACAUGAGAUGAUCACACAAAUUAAAUGUAAUAUUAGAGCAAGAGAGAUCUGCCAUCCAUCAUCAAAAAAAAUUUCAUAUGUUGGCUUAACGUAAAGGGUGCGUAUUGUAGACAGAAUUAAGUAAAUAAACUGCUCUCUAACAUCUUUUCGAUGAGAUGGUCACACUUCAAUUAC